UUUCUUGAUUUAACCUAACUUUUAGAAGGGGGAUGACUUUAGCAACCUCGUGACGUCGCAGUACAACGUGAACACGAUUGGUCGACAGUCUGCUGGUUGGGGCGUUAUACGGUCCUCUAUUCAUUGAUCAAGGAGAUUCCCAUCUCCUUUCUCUAAUAUCUCUGGUUUAGCUAGCUAACUUUGUAAAGAGUGUAUGACAUCGUCAACGAUUGGUUUCCAUCCCAUUUGAAUAAAACUAGCUAGUUAAUUUCUUACGGAAAAAACAGGACUCGUUUAAAAAAGUCUGUUCGUUUGGGAAUAUGCCGAAGAAUAAAGGUAAGGGAGGAAAGAAUCGGCGACGUGGUAAGAACGAGAAUGAAUCAGAAAAGAGAGAGCUGGUAUUUAAAGAGGAUGGCCAAGAAUAUGCACAGGUGAUUAAGAUGUUGGGUAAUGGACGACUGGAAGCUAUGUGUUUUGAUGGAGUCAAGCGACUAUGCCACAUCCGAGGAAAGCUACGUAAAAAGGUUUGGAUUAAUACUUCAGACAUCAUCCUUGUGGGACUUCGAGAUUACCAGGACCAAAAAGCCGAUGUUAUCCUGAAGUACAAUGCAGACGAGGCCAGGAGUUUGAAGGCCUAUGGGGAGCUUCCUGAACAUGCUAAAAUCAAUGAGACUGACACAUUUGGACCUGGCGACGAUGAGGAUAUUCAGUUUGAUGACAUUGGAGAUGACGACGAGGACAUUGAUGAUAUCUGAAUCAGAACUAUUGUGUGCCAAGUCGUUUAUGCAGAGGAAAGUGGACAGUUCUAUACUGGCAGAGGCAGUGCAACCUUGCCAACAACUCCCUGCUUCCUCAAGUCAGUUGAGGCAGCUCAUUUCCCUUCUUUUGAGACUGCUUUAAGCCUGGAAUCUGUCAAUGAGAACAUCAGCACACCUACUUUAGUUCACACACUUCAUAUUUUUGUUAGUUGUAAUGUAAUUUUAUUCCAUCAUGUGGAAUAUACCCUCAAACUACAGAACAACAGAGUUUACAAUAAAAACUUGAAUCAUUUUAUGUUUGGUCUGGAGAUUUGUCAAAAACAAAGGAUCCCUCCCCCUUUUUUUAUUUUAUUUUUACCAAUGUUUGUUUUCUUGAUUUUGAUUAUCAAUAAAAUAAGUAUCUCAUUUGUGAUAA